AUGAAGUUCCUUUCUACCGUCGGUCUCUUCGUCCUCGGCUGCGCCAUGUCCGCCGACGCAUUCAGCCUCUACUACGAUGGCAAGACAAUUGUCCACGACGCGCGACGACAGAUCUUCCCCUGCCAGAAACAGACCUUCAAGGAAGGCAACAACCUUUCCUUCUUCAACAGUAACGUUGACUUGGCCGACAAUUGCCACCUCACGCUCUACGAUGACUCGGAGUGCAAGAAAAUCGCUGGGUCAUCAUAUGGAGAAUGGCGGAAGAAGUUGAGCCAGAAUGUUUACUCCUGGAGUUAUACCUGCUAGAUUGCUUUGGAUAGGAACUCGACAUAUCGGGGAAAUUCUGGCGUGUGAUUGUGGGAUUUGUGUUUUUCUUGAUAGUCCUAUCAAAAUUCAAUUAGAUCAUCUAAACAUGACUCUCUUGACCUUUCCCGGCUCAAUAAAGAGGAAACCAUGAUAUAUGGUUACUAGUCAUUAUGUUGUUUUGCUUAGAUUAGCCAUAUUUGAUAUUGGCGAAGUGAAAUAUCAAAGAUAUAGCAAUGCCUUCUUUCUGGCUGUAGAAAUCUAUCAAGGCUGGCU